AACUCCUCUGAAUUCUCCUCUAAAUCCAACUUAAAUCCUCCUCUAAAUCCCUGACCAGACAGGCUCUCGUUGUGCUUCGCAAGGGAACCAUUUGCAUUUGCAGAGGACGAAGAUGGCUUCCGAGAACUCGGUGAUGGCCGUGAUUAGGGCUUCUCGACCAGCUUUUCGAAACCAUCACGACAGGGUCGCCUUUGCCGUCCACGCCUCCGUCCUAUCUGCGGGCUUCUCCCUCAUAGCUGUCGGUCGAAGAGCCCUAGACAGUGACCCCCCAAUCGAAGGUGAGGAGAUAGGGGUUGAGGGAUGGAAUGAACUGGACGACGCCUACGGAUUUGUGUACUCCAAAUCAGAGAAAGACAAGAAGAAGGUGAUUUUGGUGAAGUGUUUGCCAUUGGAGGAUUAUCUGAUGGUUGAUGCAGUGGAUUUGAAGAGCGACCAGAAUGAGCCGUUCCAUAUGCAAAUCAAUAUCAAAGACUAUUUGGCCGGCAGUGGAGCUCAGCAGACUACUUAUGGAGAGAUGUAUAAGAAUCUCCAAGGCCUUGUAAACAGUGUGAAUACAUGUAUUCUGGAGCAAGUGGAAUCUAAGGGCAAGGAUACAGUAUCUGCAAGAUCAUCAAGAUCAGCUAGUAUUGACAGGUCUGCGGAGGGCACCAACAAAGGAACAACAAUUGGUCUCCCUCCACAUAACGAACCAAUGCCUUCCGGUUUGGUUUAUCCUCCUAUUGCACCAUAUGGUGGCGAUGAUCUCUAUCCGGGGCCAGGCGCUGGUUUCUUUCCUGAAAGGGGUUCUGGCAUGGGUGGAGGCAUGCUUGUUGGACCUAAUGAUCCUCGAUUUUUUGGUCCUGGUGCGCAACCUGGAAAUAUUGGUGGAAUACCCGGUGUGCCACCUGGUGCUCGGUUUGAUCCCUAUGGUCCACCAGAUGUGCCUGGUUUUGAGCCGCAACGAUUUGUGAGGCAACCACGACGGCCUGGAGGUGGUACCCAUCCCGACCUUGAGCACUUCCAUGGUUCUGAUUUCAUUUAGAGAAUCAUCACUUGCAUGGGAUGUUCCUGCCUCUCUUAGCAUCCAUCCAUAUAUUUGAAAGAUACAUGUUUAUGUCUCAAAUGAAAGUUAUUUACUUUUUUUUUUUAAGAACAGUUUUGUAAUUUUGAUCGUUUUGAAUGAGUGAAUAGUUGUGUUA